AUGUUGAUUACAUUUACCGUACUAUAUUUUAUCUAUGGCUUAAUCAUAGGUUUCGUUGCUAUGUCUUUAUUAAUUAGUCAGCAUCGCAAUUCUUACUAUACAUUUCGUUUGUUAAGUCUAUUAUGUAUUCUAUUAUCCUUAUUUACACCUAUUUAUCUUAAAUAUUUCUCAAAUUUACAAUUUGCAAAUUCACUGGUCAAUGUUGUCUCACCUGUAACCGGUUUCUUAUUCGCUAUUAAAAUGACUGAACUAGCCUUUACAUAUACGUGGUUAGAACUGUGUCACAUAUCUCUAUAUCAAAUUGGCAUAGAUUUUUCUACAUUUCCGUUGUAUAAGUAUCAAUCAAGUAGACAAAUUAAGUCAGAUAAACGUGAUAUUGUCAGUUUUAGAGACUUUAUGCUCGAGAAUAUUAAAUAUUUAAUUUUAUCGAACAAAUAUGGUGUUAAUUUUUCUCCAUUUCGUCAAAAUUGUUUAAUUAUUAUUCGUGGACUGUUUGAUGUUUUGUUUUUAAUUCAAACUCUCAAAUAUGUUCCAUACCAUUAUUUACAAUUACAUAGUAAAAAUUUUCAUGUAUUUAAUUUAGAAUGUGUUUUUACCUAUUUUUUAUAUGGAUUUAUACUCUAUUUUGCUCUGGGAAUGGUAGCUAAUGUAGUAUUUGGACUAGGUGGUUUAUGUUGGAAUAUAUCAACACAAUCGGUAUUUCCUGAAUAUCCAUUUCUAGCUACUAGUUUACAAGAUUUUUGGUCUCAUCGUUGGAAUAUUUAUGUUAAACAAUCGUUACAUCGUUAA